GCCAGAGCUCCUUUCUUAUCGCACCUGCCUAUAUCUCCGUACUCCGUUGUUCUUGCAGUUUGAGACCCACAUAGCGCCCAGCCCCGCCUUAAGUCAGUUCUUCUCCGAUAGUCUCUUCAUCGCUGCCCUCUUGAGUCGCUGUGCGGCGCUGGCUUGCAAAACACACUCGCAUAGCUACAUUACAACAGUGCACCCCUGGCUGUACUGAGAAAACACAGCUAGUAGCUUGCUAGCUCUGUAUAGCUAAAAUUAAAAACCAUGUCCACCACCACCGGCGGAGAGUUUGGUAACCCCCUGCGGAAAUUCAAGCUUGUUUUUCUGGGCGAGCAGAGCGUGGGGAAGACCUCGCUCAUCACCAGGUUUAUGUAUGAUAGCUUUGAUAACACCUAUCAGGCAACUAUUGGUAUAGAUUUCCUAUCCAAGACCAUGUAUUUGGAGGACCGUACGAUUCGCCUCCAGCUCUGGGACACUGCCGGGCAGGAGCGCUUUCGCAGUCUCAUUCCCAGCUACAUCCGCGAUUCAGCUGCUGCUGUGGUGGUCUAUGAUAUAGCAAACCUCAAUUCAUUCCAGCAAACCUCAAAGUGGAUUGAUGAUGUCAGAACAGAAAGAGGAAGUGAUGUCAUCAUUAUGCUGGUUGGGAACAAAACGGACUUGGCUGAUAAAAGACAGGUAUCUGUUGAGGCUGCAGAGAGGAAAGCACGGGAGCUCAAUGUGAUGUACAUAGAGACCAGUGCCAAGGCAGGAUAUAACGUCAAACAGCUGUUCCGCCGUGUGGCCGCUGCCUUACCUGGGAUGGAUAACGCUCCUGAGAAGAGCAAAGAGGACAUGAUUGACAUCAAACUGGAGAAGCCACCAGAACAGCCUGUGACUGAGAGCAGUUGCUCAUGCUAAUGCCCACGUCCCCCGUCCCCCCCCCCCUUUUUGCGCCUCCCAAUAGCUUGUUUCUCAUUGGCCAUUUGCACCAACAACGGCGGCGUGCCAUUGGCUGGAGAAUCUAUUCCCGUUGGCUCAGUGACUUUUCGGAGUAACCGUGUGGAUGUGCUAUUACUCUGUAUUUAAACAAAUAAAUAAAAAAAAUAAAACAUUUUAAGGCUUAAAAAAAAGAGAGAAACCCAUUAAACCACAGAAUAAGUUAAAUACCAAUUUGUUCAAAAUAUCUAUUUCAACUGCAUGACAUAUAUAGGACUGCAGACUGAUAGCUUCUCCCACCACUCUUGAGUUCUUGCACUUUUUUGAAGCAACAUCAGUGCUGUCACAUUUGUCAUUGUUGUACAAUAAUGUUGGAGGUUGGCCCUGUAUUCACAGGCUAAUAUUGAAUAUCCCAUAAGGCCUCUGUUGUUCUGAAAUGAGUGACAUCUGUGUAUCUGCAUUUAUUUGGACUUUGGUUUCAUUUCGUCGAUUUUGAAUAAGACAAGUUCUCGAUUGCUUGGUGUCUGGCUACUUUUCAUUUUUAUUGGGAGAGUGAAGAGGGGAGGUGUCUUCACUGACCUUUUAACAGAGCUUCUGUUUCUAAUUCCCAAAAUUUUCAAUUGAACCCCCCCCCCCCCCCGCCCCCCCAAAAUAAGACUGGACGACACAAGGCCAGGCCAGGGUCAUCCGUUAGUGACACAGUUAAUACUUCAAAAGGACCAAAAAAUUACAAUAACUUGACUAGAAGAAAAGGGGAUUUUUGCCUUCUACAGCCUCAGCAAGGAGGGUCGGUUAUGGCUGAAUUACUGCAUCCAUCAGCAUUGUCCAUUCAAUUCUUAUAUGCUUUUUUCAGCCAUUACUUUUUUUAAAAUAUAUAGUUUUUUUGUUGUUGUUUUUGUUUUAUUUGGUGACUUUUUAUCUCAGGCUAUUAACAGCCAAAGAGGGCUAAACUCUGAAAGGGUUAGUUUGACGGCAAACUACUAGCAGUAAGCCACGCCCAUUUUUAUACCCAAGUUAUGUGGGGAUGCUCCAAACAGAAUGUACUACUGACUGGUAGAUGAAAUAGGUGUAUGUGUAUUUCCAGAAAAGGGAAAUUUACCCCAGAUCCUCUUUUAAAUUGUUCUUUGAACAAACGACCGUGGCAUUUAUACUCAUGUAAAACCUGUUCAGUCUAGCUGUUCUGUUCAUUGACCCCUUUCUCUGCUUGUAUAAAACAAAACGAAAAAGUAUAUAUAUUUUUGUUUAUUUUCCACCUCGUUUCUAACGCAAGAAUGAGAAAAUGGGUUGGUGCUCCUCAGCCAGCUCCCCUGGCGCACUGACAGAAAGGGUUCUUGACACUAUUGUGGAGCUGCGCGCUCAAUUUGCUGGACUAGGUAAAGGACGUUGUAAAAAGCCAUGCUUGCCUGCUCACACACACCGUGCACUGUAUCGUUCCGCUAUAUCAAAGAUGUCCGCAGCUUGACGAUCUGCUUUAGUAAUCGGAGAUUUAGAUUUGUUGAGCGGAUAGUGGCAGUUCAGUCUUUUUUUGAUGAUACUGUUAGCUGUUGGUAAGCACCCUUGCCGUAUAAAAACACAGACGCACCUACCUGCUGCUUUUGCUCGUGCAAGUGGGUUUCAUAUCUCUUAUUUUCUAGUUUUUAAUUAGCAAGAGAAAAUGGAAUUGUGUAACCAAAACCGUUAUUAUUAUUAUUAUUGCAGACUUGAGAUGAGUAAGUUAUUUUUUAUUUAAUUGUUAGCAUGUCUUUUGUUUUACUGUGCCUCAAAGUGAGGGCUGGGCCUUUUUGUUUUUAUUUUCCAUGUUGGUGUGAUCAUGCUGGGUGCUCCGACCCCCAGGGCUGGUUUGUGUUGUCAGUGUCGCAUCAGAAAGUAUCAACUGAGUUAGAACGAAUGUAGUGAGCAAAGAAUGCAUUACUUCAGUUAGCCAUUUUUCCUUUUAAUCCACGUACGUGCACAGAAAGAAACAAACACACUUGUCUCGUCUCACCUGCACCAGCGCACAUACAUACUUGCUAUAGUUCGGGGAAAAAGUUUAAACAUUUAACAUAUUAAUAUGUAGAUAAAUAUUUAAUUCUCUUGUAUGAAACAACCCUCUUUGCCUAAACAGAUCUCUUAUUACUUGUCACUGACUGAAAUCGAAUAUUCAGCUGUGCUAUUCUGGAGUGUGUCUGUCCAUUUGAAACAUGCUGUCUACUAGUCUUUAGCAAUGUUUGUGUGAAUAAUGUACUAUUACUAUCUGCUGUAAAAAAAAAAAUAAUAAAAAUUAAAAAAUGAGUAAGAAACAGAAGUGUAUCACAUGAAAUAAAGAUAUUUCACCGAAUGUUAA